AUGGAUCCAGGAGAUUUACAGCUGUAUGAGAGCAUGGCUGUGUACUUGAGAGACAUCAUACUUGCAUUCAAGGAGGAGUGGGAGGAUGAGGGAUAUACACUGAAAUUUUGUUCAGCCCACUUGGAGUUCUAUAUGGCAAUGGUACUAACAGGUGGCACUUUCAAUGAUCAAAAUGUGCAGAAGGUGAAAAAGAGGUUCAAUGUCACAUGGAAUAACUUUGUAGAGCAUGUGGAAGUGACAGAUGUCCGGAAGCAUGAAAACGAGAAUGCAUAUCAUGAAUUGAUCUGUGGCAAGGACAAGAACAUGUGUGGUCUGGACAAUUUCCCCAGCAUCAGCCAUACAAAGGAGUCAUUCCAUAUGAUUGAGAGAUUUAUCAAGGAUUGGGAAGCUGCAUGGGCUGCAAAGAACAUGUUGUUUCAGCCUGAGGGUGGAGAACAGCAGGAACAAACUGGCAAGGAGAAGGAAAAGCAGGCCACUUGUACCGUGCAGGAGAGCCCUGCAAAGAGCACAAAGGGUAAAGAUGUUGUCCAUAACAUGCACAAAGAUCAGAGAACAUCAAUACAAGAGGAUAAAAGCACAAAGAACAGCCAACACCUUGUCCAGAACACAUUGGCAGUGAGUAGUUCUGUGACUUACAGGAUGAUGCUCAUCAUGCAAUCCUGA